AUGGAUUAUGACUUUCUUGGAAAUACUGGUGUAAAAGUGUCUAAUUUGUGUCUGGGUACCAUGACAUUUGGACAGGCCAAGGUUGGAUUACCAGGACAGUGUGACGAUGAACUCUCACACGAGAUUUUAAACCGCUACAUGGAAUGGGGAGGUAACUUUAUUGAUACUGCUGAUGUUUAUUCACAAGGUCUUUCUGAAACUAUAAUCGGUAAAUGGCUGAAAAGUCAAGAACGAAAUAAAAUAAUCUUAGCAACCAAAGUAUUUGCGCCGUUAGCUGGUAGUGAUAUGAACAGUCGUGGACUAUCAAGACGUCAUAUUACUGCUAGUAUAGAAAAAAGUCUAGAAAGAUUACAGACCAACUAUAUUGAUUUAUAUCAGAUCCAUUGCUGGGAUAAUGGUUCACCAAUUAGGGAAACCUUACUGACACUUAAUGACCUAGUUCGAUGUGGUAAAGUUCGAUAUACAGGUGCUAGUAAUGUCUGUGGUUGGCAAUUACAGAAAAUAGUGGAUUUAACAGAACAACUGGGAAUCAGUCCCAUGUCUACACUGCAGCAACAAUACAGUUUAGCAUCAAGAUAUGAUGAAUUUGAAGCAUUCUGUGUUUGUAAAUUAAAUGGAAUAGCUGUAUUGCCAUGGAGUCCCCUGAAAGGUGGUGUUUUAUCUGGUAAAUAUAAGAGAAAUCAGAAACCGGAAGAGGUUUCUGGACGAAUCGGAUGGGUGGCACAACAGGAAAACACUCGUGGUAAUCAAGCAUGUCCAGCUUGGACUAAACUAGAAGGCAAUGAAUCAAUGUGGAACACAUUAGAUAAACUAGAAGAAAUCAGUAAAGCUAAAGGUAAGAGUGUGGCCCAGGUAGCAAUAAGAUGGUUGAUACAGAGAGAUGUAGUGGGCUCUGUAAUUAUUGGUGCAAGAAAUUUGAAGCAACUGGAUGACAAUAUGGGAGCCAGUUCUGGUUGGAAUCUCUCUGCUGAAGAAGUAAGAUCACUAUACCUUCUAACAUUGCGUUUGUUAUUUGACGGAGUAUAA